CUGCGUUAAGGGCGUUAGAUCAACCAGUUGAGCACUGGGAUGCAUGGUUGAUAACUAUUGUGACACAGCGGUUGGAUAAGAGCACUGGCCACGGAUGGCAGCUGCACUUGAAAAAUACCGACCUGCCGAAAUAUAAGGACCUUGAAGCUUUCCUAGCUAGUCGUUGCGUGGCUUGGGAAAACUCAGAAGCUGUGAUGUCAAACGAAUCGACAAAUAAGAUUGACACUCAUAGUAAUUCAACAGCGAAGAUCUCUAAACCGACUCACCAGAAAAGGAGUUUGGUCAUCACAGAAAAAUCAGAGGCUCCUUGCAUCUGUUGUAAUAAGUCUCAUAGAGUCUAUCAGUGUGAGGAUUUCAAAAAGAUGACUGUUACGGAUCGUCACAGUAAAAUACGUGAUGCUCGGCUUUGCUUCAAUUGUUUUUCACCUUAUCAUGCAGCUCAUAUUUGCAAAUCAAGAUACAGCUGCCAACAUUGCAACGGAAGACACAACACUCUACUUCACGUGGGCAAACGAUCAGUUCAAGAUGGUACAACCGAAGAUUGUACUUCAGAGAAGGACACACAUAAGCCAAAUUGUGACACAGCAAUACCAUCAACUUCCUGCUGUGCCUCGCAAGCAAAUAGUCACGUAUUCCUGUCAACUGUCGUAGUUUAUAUCGCUGACAGAUAUGGGACAAAACAAAGAUGUAGAGCGAUACUAGACAGCGGUUCGCAGGUAAAUCUCAUAUCAAGGCGAUUGUUCAGAUUAUUGCAAUUGCCCAGUAGAAGUGCCGUGAUUCCAGUCAACGGAAUCGGAUCUAGUCGUGUCCAAGUGUCAGCAGCGGUUGAUAUUCAGGUAAUAUCAAGGGUCAAGGAUUAUAUUAUUGAUCUAUCCUGUUAUGUACUACCAAGCACGGUAUGUGAAUUGUCCUCUUGCUCUACACCAAAGCAUGCGUUUAAAAUUCCAAAUGAGUUAGUUAGAGAUCUGGCUGACCCCUCCUUUACUGAGGCCGGAGCAAUAGAUAUGCACAUAGGUGGUGGGGCAUUUUACAACUUAUUAGAAUGUGAAAGAAUAAGUCUGGGGACAGGCAACAUAAGGUUGCAGAACACCAAGUUUGGAUGGAUGGUAACCGGAGAAAUGAACACAGUGUGUUUACUAAGCAUUGGUCAAGAAAUUGAGGAAGAUUGGAGGUCUGCAAGAAACAACGAAGAUUUAGAAUUUGGGCGUUCAUCGAAGGCAAAUAAAAGGGCUGCGGAAGAGCAACAAACCGUUUUGCACUUCCAGGAACACACAAUUCGUAACGCAGACGGGCGAUUCGUAGUGCGUCUACCAGUGAAGAACAAUUACAAUGAAUUAGGAAAUUCUCUAUCAAUGGCUAUCUCACGUUUUUUCAGUAUAGAAAGAAAGCUCAUUCAUGACACCACCUUGAGGGAAGAAUAUACUAAGUUUAUGUCAGAGUACAUAAAUCUAGGACACAUGCAAGAAGUACCGAAGGGAGGCAGCAUUCCAAACCAAGUAUGGUAUCUGCCACAUCAUGCAGUCAUGAAAUCAACAAGUUUAACUACAAAAGUGAGAGUAGUGUUUGAUGCAUCCGCAAGGGGUUCAAAUGGAUUAGCUCUCAACGACGUACUCAUGAGCGGACCAACGAUACAAGAGGAUGUGUUUUCGAUUUUAGUUCGAUUCAGAAGGUACCAAUAUGCAUUGACUUCAGACGUAGAGAAAAUGUUCCGGCAGGUAUCCGUUGCGAAAAAGGACUGGGAUCUUCAGCGAAUAUUAUGGAGAUCAGAUCCCACAGAGCCAUUGCGCACUUAUCAUUUAACAACAGUGACAUAUGGCACCACCCCAGCAUCAUUCCUUGCUACAAAGUGUUUAGCAGUACUAGGAGAAGAGUCAAGGAUACAAUUCCCAGAAGCAUCGAAGGCGAUACAAAAUGACUUCUACAUGGACGAUCUCAUGACCGGAUCAGACACUGAAGAAGGAUGUUGUCGACUACAGAAGGAAAUAAGCAGUAUCAUGGAUUCAGCCAAAUUGCCCCUCAGGAAAUGGUGCUCCAACUCAAGGACAAUAAUGCAACAUUUAGGGAGAAGUGGAGAAGAUCCAUUAUUUACCUUAGAAGUUAAGGAUGGAGAGACCAUCAAGUCACUAGGAUUAGAAUGGCAACCGGUUAAGGAUCAUUUUCAGUUCAAAACUAAUAAAACACAGAACCGUAGCAAGUUCACCAAGAGAACACUUCUAUCAGAUCUAAACAGGAUAUUUGAUCCUCUUGGAUUCAUUUCACCUGUGUUGUUGAAGGGUAAAAUCUUCUUACAACAAAUAUGGGCAAUGCAAAUGGAUUGGGAUGGUCCACUCUCUCCUGACAUACAAGGGCGUUGGAUGUCAUUUUGCAAGGAACUAGAGCAACUUCCAAGGAUCUCAAUUCCCAGGAAAGUUCAGCCAGAGGUAAGAGAUGAAUUUCACCUGCAUGGAUUCUGUGAUGCCUCGCAGGAGGCCUACGGUGCAUGUCUGUAUGUAAGGUCAAAGGACCGGAGAGGAAGGUGGCAAGCGAGACUUUUAUGCUCGAAAACAAGAGUAGCACCACUCAAGGGUUCUACUAUUCCACGUUUGGAGCUCUGUGGAGCACUGUUAUUAGUUGAAUUAGCCAAGAAGGUGGCUGACUCAUGGGCAUUGAGUAUAAUGAAUUUCUGGUUCUGGACAGACUCUACCAUAGUACUGGGUUGGUUGAAUAGCCAACAGGUCCGUUUGAAAACCUACGUCGCCAAUCGCGUAAGUCAGAUAUUAGAGAACAGUGAAGUUAGGCAGUGGCAUCAUGUUUCAACAGUCGACAAUCCUGCUGAUCUAGCUUCAAGAGGACUAAACCCAAGUGAAUUAUCUGUCUCGGAAUCUUGGUGGAAUGGACCACAUUGGUUAAGUGAACCUGAAGAGAAGUGGAAUCCAUCGCCCGUAUGUUUAAGGCAAGAAGAGUUACCAGAGCAACGAAAAAUCAAGCUAGCGCUGGUGACGUUAAAUCAGUCAACUGACUUAGUAUAUAUAAAAUCAGAUUGGAACCGGCUAGUACGCGCUAUCGCUUGGUUAGCAUUGUUUGUGAAUUAUUUAAAGGCCAAGAAAAAUAUCCAAGUAACAAGAUACCUAACGGUUGAGAACCUGAAGAAAGCAGAGAUUAUUAUUUUUAAAAGAGUGCAAGCCGAAUGCUUUCCUAAGGAAGCAAUUGCAUUAACAAACCGCAAAGAAGUAGCAAGGACAAGUAAGUUAAAAAGUUUAUAUCCCUUCAUGCAAGACGGUAUAAUUCUAGUAGGAGGGCGGCUACAAAAUUCAGAUAUAAGUAACUCGCAGAGACACCCGAUUGUUCUCCCCGCAAAUCACCGAGUAACACUACUCAUCUUUGAAAACCUACACCGAGAAAUGUUACAUUGUGGACCGCAAGCUCUAUUGGCGGAAGUCAGACGUCGUUACUGGCCACUCACGGGCCGUAAGACCGCGAGGACAGUAGUUCGAAAGUGCGUAAAAUGUAUACGAGCAAGACCGAAGUUUAGCACGCCUCUCAUGGGGCAACUUCCGAAGGAUAGAGUCCGUAUGUCGAGGCCAUUUUCCAUGACUGGAGUGGAUUUUGCAGGCCCUUUCAUCGUUAGAAGUGGAAUCCGUCGCCUGACCGGGAAAAAGGCAUGGAAAUGUGUGUUCAUUUGUUUCGCAACAAGAGCAGUGCACUUGGAAAUUGUUGAAGACAUGACAAGCGACGCCUUUAUGGCAUGUCUAAGACGGUUUAUUUCUCGACACGGCCGGUGCGCCGUAAUACACAGUGAUAAUGGAACCAAUUUUGUGGGAGCUCAAAGAGAACUCGCAGCGAUUAUCAAACGAGGGGGUCCUGCGAUGGCGAAAGAAGGAAUCGAAUGGCGAUUCAAUCCACCAUCGGGACCACACUUCGGCGGGUUAUGGGAAGCGGCGGUGAAAAGUGCAAAGUAUCAUUUAAAACGUGUAAUGGGUGAAACGAAACUAACAUUAGCAGAAUUAAAUACACUAAUAUGUCAAGUCGAAGCAUGUCUUAACUCAAGACCAAUCACUCCAAUAGGUAGUGACCCAGAUGAACCUGAAGCUCUGACACCCGCCCAUUUCUUGGUUGGAGGAUCUCUGAGCCUACCUCCAGAGCCCGAUAGACUCAGUGAAGCUCCAGGUGGAUUAAGACGUUGGAAACACGUGCAAUACCUCCUGCAACUGUUCUGGCGAAGAUGGUACACAGAAUACCUGCCACAAUGUCAGGUGCGUGGCAAGUGGGUCAACAAAAGGCAACCAUUGAAGAUAAACGAUAUAGUCAUUAUUAAGGAAGAUAAUCUGCCACCGACAAAAUGGAAUUUAGGUCGAAUAACGCAGGUCCACCCAGGAAGAGAUGGUGCAAUAAGAGUUGUGACAGUCAGAACAGCAGCGGGUACGGAAAUCAAAAGACCCUCUGCAAAACUCUGUGCACUUCCUAGUCAGACAGAUCUAAUUCUCGUUGAAAAAUAG